AUGUAUGUGGAUGAUAUUAUAUUUGGAUCUACUAAUGAUUCAUUAUGUGAGGGAUUUGCAAAUGUAAUGCAAUGUGAGUUUGAGAUGUCUAUGAUGGGUGAACUGAAUUUCUUCUUAGGACUACAAAUAAAGCAAGUGGAAGGGGGAACCUUUGUCUCCCAAACCAAAUAUUGUAGACAAGUACUUAAUAAGUUUGGAAUGGAUAACUGUAAAGAAGCCAUCACCCCUAUGGCAACUUCUUGUUACUUAGAUAAGGAUGAAUAUGGAGAAGAAGUGAAUCAAACUAUGUUUAGAGGGAUGAUAGGAUCUCUGUUGUAUCUUACUGAUAGUAGACCAGACAUUAUGCACAAUGUUUGUGUGUGUGCUAGAUAUCAAGCAAAUCCUAAAGAAUCACACCUAACAACUGUUAAGAGAAUCUUAAAGUACCUUAAAGGUACUACUUCUUUUGGACUUUGGUAUCCUUCUGAUGCAACACCUAGUUUAAUAGGUUAUUCUGAUGCAGAUUAUGGGGCCUGUAAAAUAGAUAGGAAAAGUACUAGUGGUGGAAACGCGAAGACGAUGAUGAGAACGAAGGCAGCGGAGGCGCGAUUUCUUGGUUGCAGAUCCGGUGAUGGUCUGAUGCGUAGAGACUUCGACGGUGGCUUUGCUUGCGGUGCAUGGUUGCGGCGAGGUAGUGACCGACGAAGGAGGACUCGCGUCUAUGGUGGAGAGAUUCACCCAGUGGUGGCCUCGCGAGAACGAUGGAACGGCGUGAUGAAGAUGAUUUCGGAGGAGGCGGCAAGGUGUCCCGCGAGGAGAUGUCGCGAUUGGGUUUCGAGAAUGGAGAAGAUGAAGAUGACGGUGGCUGUGGAAGAAGCUUGCGUCAAUGAAGGAGAGGCGCUGUGGUGGCGUCUCCGUUAA